GUCGACCUCCAGCGUUCUUCAAGGUCACGGGAGAAGAUUUCAACAUCCGCCGAUGUGCCACAGGUUGACAGCACUCACAAGCCACAAAGCUUCGACGAUCCCUUGGAAGUUCAGGGGCCCCCGCAACAGCCGAGUGGGCGCCCGCCUCGCAUUGUUUGGGUACCAACAACCACGCAGCGAGUAAGCAGCAACAGUACUCGCCACCUCGCAGCAGGAAAUUUUUGGAAACAUUUACCGCCGUCCUUGCCUGCACGCGUCCUGUAACAGGCACUUCUAAUGCACACCGACCGCCAUGGCUCCGCUUGAGCAACAAUGGGUCAAGGUCCAGCAGAAGACCUUCACAAAAUGGCUGAACAGCAAAAUCAAGAUCCGAAAUGUGCAAAUCGAAGACCUCAUAACAGACUUGUCUGAUGGCAUCAACCUCAUCCACCUCCUCGAGGUCCUCAGCAACGAAUCGCUUGGCCGCUAUGCCUCCCGACCGAAGAUGCGAGUGCAGAAAUUCGAGAAUGUCAACAAAUCACUCGACUACAUCCGCAGUCGCGGCAUCCAAAUGACCAACAUUGGUGCUGAAGACGUGGUCGACGGCAACAGCAAGAUCAUCCUGGGUCUGAUCUGGACUCUGAUUCUGCGCUUCACGAUCAGUGACAUCAACGAAGAGGGUCUGAGUGCGAAGGAGGGACUGUUGCUGUGGUGUCAGCGCAAGACAGCAUGCUACGAUGAGGUCGAAGUACGCGACUUCUCCUCCAGCUGGAACGACGGCCUAGCCUUCUGCGCCCUCUUGGAUAUCCACCGCCCCGACCUCAUCGACUACGACAGCCUCGACAAGAACGAUCACCGCGGCAACAUGCAACUUGCCUUUGACAUUGCCUCUAAGGAGAUCGGUAUCCCAGAUCUGCUCGAUGUAGAGGACGUUUGCGAUGUUGCGAAGCCUGACGAGCGCUCGCUCAUGACGUACAUCGCCUACUGGUUUCACGCUUUCUCGCAAAUGGAGCGAGUAGAGAACGCUGGUCGACGAGUGGAGAAGUUCGUACAAAACAUGUAUGGAGCAUGGCAGAUGCAGAAUGACUUCGAGGAACGUAUGCGGAAACUUCUUGCAGCAAUUGCCGCGCAGCGCACGCAAUGGGAGGAGGCCAAGUUUGACGGGACAUACACAGACGCCAGAGCCCAGGCGACCGAGUUUACGGCCUGGAAACGCAAGAGCAAGCGCAACUGGGUCGCUGAGAAGUCAGAUCUGGCUGGUUUAUUAGGGAAUAUCAAGACAAAGCUAGCGACAUAUCGCUUACGGCCAUACGACCCUCCGGCAGAGCUGAGCCUGGAGACAUUGGAUGCAGCAUGGGCAGGUCUGAUGAAAGCGGAGCGUGAACGCUCACAAGUCAUCAAUGAAACGAUCCGUGACAUCAAGAACGCUCUCCGCAAGUCGUUUGCAGACAAAGCGAAUGAUUUCGCCCUCGCACUGAACACACUUGGAACCUCGAUAUCAGCUCUCGAGGGUGAAGUUGAAGACCAGCUAGAGCACACUAAGCAAAUCAGCAAGUCCCUAACGCCACUCGAUGACUACCUGAACCUUAUCGCAACGAUCGACGAGCAAUGCGCCGAAGCAAACAUCGAAGAGAACGACUUUACGACAUACACGUACGACGAACUCGAGUACGAGUUGAGCCUGGUGCGCAACUCGGUCUCGAAAAAGCUCGCGUUCUUGGAAAAUCAGAUGGUCGCUCGAAAUAUGACGAACUUGACGCCAAUACAGCUUGAGGAGUUCGAGUCAGUGUUCAGACAUUUCGAUCGCGAUUUGUCAAACUCACUGGCCGAAUUGGAGUUCUCCGCAGCGUUGGCUAGUCUGGGACUUGUCUACGACGAUGAAGAAAUGCAUCAAAAGUUCCGCGAGACGAGCGGCGGCCGUGACUUUGUUACGUUCGAGCAGUUUAUUCGCUUCAUGGUUGACGAGACGGAGGAUCAGAACACAGCGGAGCAGGUCUUUGAGUCGUUCAAGGAGGUGGCAGACGGCAAGCCAUAUGUCACCGAGCUUGACCUCCGCCACUCUCUCGUUCCCGACGAAGUCAUCGACGACCUGAUUUCCUCUAUGCCCGAGCACAAAGGACCUGACAUGCAAGAGGAUCGCGAUUUGCCCAAAUACGACUAUAUCACAUACAUGGAACGUUACAUGAACGCAAAACGCGAACAGCAGGAAGUAAACGGCGGAUAGAACCCAGACAAUCCCUGGCUUAGGCGAUCAGCGACUGAAUCGGCCAUAAGCGUGCUACUUGGGAAGCGACCGGUAUUGACACCGGUGUUCCUGUGAGUGUGUGCUGGGUGCUGAUAGGACAGAUGUCCUUAGCACUAUGGUGGUGGAAUGGACUGAGAUGCAGAGGAACGAGUGAACGAAGGUUUUCAGCUUCUGUCACGCAGAUUGUGUUUUUGGAUUUUGCAUAGCGAUGUGUUGGCGUCCGUUUUGGAUAUCCUUGCUACUGGAUAUUUUGGGCCGCAUGGCGGCACUCUUACGGUUGUGAACAACCGUGUCAGUGGUUCAUGCGCAAACGCAAACAAAUUUGAUACCACAU